GUACACCAUAGGGGAACCACUACCAGCAAUUUCUCUAUAAAUGCUCACCAGUAACAAACUUAAGCCUCACCAAACCACUCGACUCCCUAGCUCUUACCAACUUAUCACUCUCUCUCGAACCCCUGUAGCUACUGAUAUAUAUAUAAGAUGUCGAUCACAACAAAGAAAUGUAAUUUCUGCCACUCAGAAUUGAGAGUGUCUGAUGAGGCACAAGUGGUAGAAUGUCCGGUUUGUGGUUGCAUCAACGGCUAUGGCUACAGCCGUUCCAACCAAAAUGAAAAGUACUCGAAAGGAGCUCCUGGCAACAAAAUUACAGGGGUCAUGCCUAACAUUCAGAAUCAUCAGCAACAACCAUUUUCUGCAGCCCCGAAUCAGGGACAAGCACAACUGCAUGUUUUACUAGGAGGUACAAAACAGCCAGGGUCACUUCAUUUUGUGGAUACUAAUUGUCUAUUUCAGCAGACUCCGCAAGCAUCAGUACCGGGUUAUUCACCUCCUCUGGCAAAGACUACUAGCUUCUUGCAACCACCACCUCAAGUGUCACAGUCAUCACAAGUUUCGUUUCGUACUUUGAAGACAAACUACACUAGUUUCCAACAGUUAUCCCAAAAAUCAUUGUCGCUGCAGAGUUCACUUCCUCCUGUGAAAACUAAACCCCCAUUCCAGUUAUCAUCACAAACAUCAUCACCGCCCAUUCCUGAGAGAAUUAUCAACAAUUUCUUUCAGCAACCGCAAAAAACAUCAUCACCACAAGGGUCACCUCGUCCAUCGUAUAAUAACAUAUCAUACCAGCAGCCUUUUCAGAUAUCAUCACCACCUGAUCAAGAUGAAGUUAAUGAUUACUCGUGGCAACCACAGAAGACACAAACAUCUCAAGGGUCACCUCGUCCAUUAUAUACCAACAUUCCACACCCACAGCCUUUUCAGACAUCAUCACCACCCGGUCAAGAUAAAUUUAAUGGGUACUCAUGGCAGCCACAGAAGACACAAACACCUCAAGGGUCACCUCGUCCAUUAUAUACCAACAUUUCACACCCGCAGCCUUUCCAGACAUCAUCACCACCCGGGCAAGAUAAAUCUAAUGAGUACUCAUGGCAGCCACAAAAAUCACCCUCAGCACAAGGGUCACCUCGCCCAUAUAAUAAUACUCCUUACCAGCAACCAUUGAUAUCAUCGCCACCAACUGAGUAUACCAAUAAUUCCUCUGAGAACCCUCAAGAAACAUUAUCACCACAACGAUCACCUCAUCCAGCAUAUAAUAAUUCUACUUACCAACCACUACAAACAGUUUCACCACUGAUUCCAGAGAAAGCCAACACUACCUUCCAGCUACCACAACGAACAUCAUCUCCUCAAUGGCCAUCUCGUUCAGCAUAUAGUACUAAUUCUCACGAGCAACCAUUACAGACAUCACAGCCACCGGUUCAGGAGAAAACAGAGAAUUUCUCUCAGCUAGCACCUCAAGCAUCACCACAACCAGUUCAGGAGAAAAUUAGCAGUAUAUCUGAGCAACCACAACAAUCAUCACCAAAAGGGCCACCUAACUCAUCAUACGUUAACACUUCUAAUCAGCAACCAAUACAAUCAUCACCACAUGAAUCGGCUCAUCAACCACAGACAUCGUUACCACAAGGAUCAUCACCUCGUCCAUCUAGAUUCAGCAGUUUUUUGAGACCACGUGCAGCACAAAUUCCACCGCAAGCCUCAUCUCCUCUAGCUCACGAUGAUGAUUAUAGCCAAAAACUGUCGCAACCAUCCAGCCAAAUCUCAUCUCCACCAGCCAAGGAGGAUAAUAAUGGUCAUAACCAAAUCUCAACUCCGCCUUCUAGUGAGGCGGCUAUUGGUUUCAGCAAAAAACCUUUACUAGCUACAGCCCAAAUGUCAGCUUCACAGGGGAAACCAUUGCUACAGGCACCACGAACCCCGGUCAAUAAUAAUGGUCAAAAUUACCAAAAAACUGUACCAGAUACAAGGCCAGUUUCCUCAUCGAAUUCAACCAAUCUGCAACCACCAACAGCCAACAGCCAAUCUGCUGAUAAUCAAAAUUCAAGAAACACACAAGCUUUCAGAGGUAAUCUUUCGGCUGCACCAGCUAACUACAUCAACAAAUCAGUGGCUGAUGCAGAUGAUGAUCCUCACUACACAAAAAGACGCUUACAGGAAUUUCGCGAGCAACUACAAAUUUGAAGCACGAGAGAGAAUCAUACCAUGAUUUGAAGGACAUUAAACGUCGUUCCCUGGAGAACUUUGAUGUUUACACAAGCCUUUUAUCUUGACAAGAUAGACACGCUCUUCUUGUGUUCAUAGCUACAUUAAUCAAGUGUAACAUGUAAUCAGAACAGACUUAUGUUGCAUGCUAAAUAAAAAAUAAUGAUCGUGUUUAAGUCUAA